AUGAAAGAAGCUGCUGAGGAGCCAGCGCCCUCUGCCUCGACAAAUGAAACCAUUCUCAAAGAAAUCGACCAAUCCUUUCUGUUGUUGUCCAAAGCUGGCUCAUCCUACGACAACAGAUACAUAUCCAAAGUGUUCCGUGACUUGGGACCGUUGAGACGGAAGAUUCGUGCCGCAGACGACGUGUUGCCUUCUGUUGUCGCCAAAUUGUACCCAUCGGCUCAUACCAAUAAGGUGUAUUUGCUUGAAGCACUUGGAGCAGAAGAAAAUGCCGACGAAAUGGAGGUCGAUUCGACUUCUUCCAACUCAGUCAAUUCUACCAAUGCUGAGACUCCAGAAGCGGAACUCUAUGUGCAUUUGCUAGUACAAGUGUAUCUCUUGGAUACCAACCAAUUGGCCAAAGCCGAUACGCUCAAUGCUAAUAUCAUCCAGUUGAUGAAGCUCUACAAUAGAAGAUCGCUUGACUUUAUCCAGGCCAAGAUAUGGUUCUUUAUUGCCAGAACCAAGGAGCUUCUUGGUGACUUGGUUACGAUACGUCCCGAGCUCUUAUCGUCUUUGAGAACUGCCACUUUGAGACACGACACCGAAACAACCGCAUCCAUAAUAACCCUCUUGUUACGGAACUAUUUGUUGUCUCACGACAUUUCUCAAGCUGCUAAUUUAGUAGAAAAGACAGAGUUUCCCGAAAAUGCUGGAAAUGCUCUUGUAGCUAGAUACUACUACUAUUUAGCUCGAAUUAACUCCAUCCAAUUGGACUAUUCCACAGCCCACGAAUGUGUCAUUGCUGCCAUCAGAAAGGCGCCACAGACCCAUUUGGCCAACGGAUUCAUCCAGAGCGCAAGCAAGUUGCGGAUCUUGAUCGAAUUGUUGAUGGGAGACAUUCCUGAGUUGAAAGUUUUCCAUAAGCAAGCAGGAUCUUUUGAGCCAUAUUUCUAUGUGACCCAGGCCGUGAAAUUGGGUGAUUUGAAAUUGUUUGGUCAAGUUUUGAACAAGUACGAAACUGUAUUCAAACGCGAUGAUAAUUUUACAUUGGUCUCGAGAUUACGUCAGAACGUCAUAAAAACAGGCAUCAGAAUUAUCUCAUUGUCCUACUCCAAGAUUCUGUUAAAGGAUAUCUGUAUCAAGUUGCACUUGGACUCGGAAGAACUGACAGAAUACAUCGUAUCCAAAGCGAUCAGAGACGGAGUUAUAGAAGCCACUAUCAACCACCAGAAAGGGUUUAUGCAAUCCAAGGAGUUAUUGGACGUCUACUCGACUAAGUUGCCUCAGAACGAGUUUGACCAGAGAAUCAAGUUCUGCUUAUCUUUACACAAUGAUAGCGUCAAGUCGAUGAGAUAUCCUAAUGAUAGUGAUGAUAAGGCAGAUGCGGUUAAGAAUGAGUCAAAGGAAGAUGAGAUGGACAUAAUGAGAGCCAUUGAAGAGGGUGACUUGGACGACUUCUUGGACUAGAUAGAAAGAAUAAAGAGUAAGAAU